GGGAUUCUAUUCAUCUCAUCUCCUUGGGACCUGAGCAUUCAUUCAUUUCACAUUCAUAGUAGACCCUAUUCUCCACUCACUCUCCUCCAUUGGCCUCCCCAGAAUACAAUUCCAUUUUCUUCCAUUCUCUUUUCUUUCUCGGUUGCUUUAUGGGUCCUUUUCACGAUUCCGGCCGUUUUGUCAUUCUAAUUACACUAAAUUAUUAUUAUUAUUAUGUGGAUGGUGAUGAUUGUCAUAAUCCCAACCCCUUUUAUCCCCAUUUAUACUUCCUGAUAAUUUGUAAUUGCAAUUGCAAGCUUCAUUAUCCAUGCCUAAGCCAGAAUUGCUAAAGAUAAAAUUAUCACUAGGUGAUAGAGAAUGUGCCAUACUGCCAUGUACAAGACAUUCUCUUUCUGGAAGUUUUCCUUGCAUCAAUCAGUUCACCUGCUUAUGCUCAUGGUUUUCUCCACGAGUUGUUAUUCCUUCACUAAGCCUAAAGUCGAAGGUGAAGCUCUGAUAGAACUUCUUAAAGCUCUAAAUGAUUCCAAUGGUAAAGUCAAUGAUUGGAAUAACGAUUUUGUGAGCCCUUGCUUCAGCUGGUCUCAUGUCACAUGCAAAAAUGGAAAUGUUAUAUCCCUGAGCCUAUCUGCAAAUGGAUUUUCAGGAACACUUUCACCAUCAAUAACCAAAUUGAAAUUUUUGGUUAGCCUGGAUUUGCACGACAAUAAUCUAUCAGGUGUGUUGCCUGAUUAUCUUGGUGGUAUGUUGAAUCUACAAAACCUGAAUCUGGCAAACAAUAAAUUCAAUGGCUCUAUUCCACAAGCUUGGGAUAGCCUUUCAAGUCUUAAGAAUCUGGAUCUCUCUUCCAAUGAUCUGGUUGGAGGUGUUCCGCUGAAGCUGUUUUCAGUACCAAUAUACAAGAUAGAGCAGUAGUUUGAGCUUGUGAGGAGUCAUUUACCAAAAAUUCUUCCUAUCUUAGUUUUUCGAAUACCCAACUUAGAUGUGGCAAGGGUUCCCAUCAACCUUGUGCCUCAAGCUCCUCUGUCCCAGCAGUUACCCCUGGAAAAUCAAAGCUUGCGAUUGUUAUUAUCGGUGCAAGCUGUGGUGCUUUCAUUCUGCUGCUACUUGGGGCUAUAUUCAUAUGUCGAUCCAAUCUCUUUUGUAGGGUCGAAAGAGACAUUUUUGUUGAUGUGCAAGGUGAAGAUGAACGCAAAUUCUCCUAUGGUCAGAUAAGAAGAUUUUCCUGGCGUGAAAUACAAAUUGCAACUGAAGAUUUCAAAGAGAGCAACAUCAUAGGGAAAGGGGGCUUUGGUAAAGUCUAUAAAGGUCUUCUCUCAGACAAGACAAAAGUUGCUGUCAAACGACUCGAGAAUUACCACAGUCCCGGGGGAGAGGCGGCAUUUUUAAGAGAAAUCCAGUUGAUAAGUGUUGCAGUUCAUCGAAAUCUCCUACGCUUAAUCGGUUUCUGCACAACCCCAUCUGAGAGAGUUCUUGUUUAUCCUUUCAUGCAGAAUCUGUCUGUUGCUUAUCGUUUAAGAGAACUGAGACCAGGAGAGGAAGGCCUGGAGUGGCCAGCAAGAAAACACAUAGCUUUUGGAGCAGCGCGUGGACUAGAGUACCUACACGAACAUUGCAUCCCAAAGAUCAUACAUAGAGAUCUAAAGGCAGCAAAUAUCCUCCUAGAUGAUAAUUUUGAGCCUGUACUCGGAGAUUUUGGGUUAGCAAAACUUGUUGAUACAAAAUUGACACAUGUGACUACUCAAGUCCGCGGAACAAUGGGACACAUUGCCCCGGAGUACUUGACUACCGGAAAAUCAUCAGAGAAAACAGAUGUUUUUGGAUAUGGCAUCACACUUCUAGAGCUUGUAACAGGAAAACGUGCUAUUGAUUUUUCUCGCCUGGAAGAUGAGGAAGACGUUCUACUAUUGGAUCAUGUCAAAAACUUAUUGAGAGAGAAAAGGCUAAAUGACAUUAUGGACCCAAACCUGAAAAACUAUGAUGUAAAAGAAGUAGAGAUCAUCCUUCAAGUUGCUAUGCUAUGCACCCAAACAUCGCCUGAAGAUCGUCCGAGAAUGACUGAAGUCAUAAGCAUGCUUCAGGGUGUGGGGCUGACUACGAGAUGGGCAGAGUGGGAGCAGCUCGACGAAGUAAGGAAUCAUGAGUUUACCAAUGUUGGCCACAAAUUUUUGUGGGGUGAAGAUUCUACAUAUGAUCAAGAAGCUGUACAGUUGUCUGAACCCAGGUAAGGAGCCGAAAGAAUGAAGUUAAAUCAAUGAUGUCUGUUUGUAGAUUUUACAUCAUUGUAGCAUAACUUCUUACGCAACAUAAUGUGUAACAUAGUAUUUUCUUUCUUAUAUAUUGUUAUUAUUUCAGUUGAGUCCUCUCGUCUAUUCACUUAUGCAUCCUUCAUUCUGUCCUAUGGCAAACUGAUACCUCAAACUCCUGACAUGGAAAUCCGUAGUCUUCUUCAUGGAGAUAAGCCCUUGAAUUUUUG